AUGACACAAAAACCCAUCCUGAUUUCUGGCGCUGGACUCGCAUCACUGUUACUUGCACGCUCACUUCUGCGAUGCAAGAUUCCAUUCAGUGUCUUCGAACGUGAUGCAUCGCUGGCAUCUCGAGGCCAGGGAUACCGGCUUCGGCUCUCCUCGGAAGGUCUCGACGCCAUUGAAUCAGCUCUCGAACCAGCAGCAUGGAAGAAAUUCUACGAUAGAUGUGGCAAGACUGGCGGCGGUGGUAUGAAAGUAUUAGAUGCUCUUACUGGCGAGCCCAUUGAGCAACCACCUGCAGCACCUGCUGGCAACAGCAGUAGUGGGGGUGGUAACAAUGAAAGCUUGAACUCGCGAGAGGGCAAGGUUGUGGGUAUAGCGCGUGGAGAUAUGCGCAAUCUGUUCAUGGAAGGCUGUGAAGAUUUUGUUCAGUUCAACAAGCAUGUCAAGGGAUACGAGUUGACGACCGAUGGCGUGCGAGCUAUCUUCAGCGAUGGCACAAAAUCGGAGGAGGGAUGUAUGCUUAUCGGAGGCGAGGGUAUCAACUCCUAUGUCGCCAGACAGUUGUCGAACGGCAAACUAAAGGUCUAUGACACUGGAGCUCGUGGCAUACAUGGUCAAGCUCCCACGACAGCUUUCAAGGGACUCGGCGAAGGUGUCUUCCGCAUUGUCGACAACAGCAGACCCAACGGCUCUUUCGCUGUCAUCACGAACGUCCGCGCUGGCGAUAUGGAUGAUAAUAACAUCCAAUUUGGGUGGACUAUGGUUGGCGAACCUGGCGUCAUCAAAGCCCCGAACGACGACUACACCAUUGUUGGCGAGACUGCAUCCAACAUCGCUCGCGAUCUCACAAAAGACUGGCAUCCCAAGCUGAAGCCUCUGUUCACUGAGUCCAACACGUCUGAGGGGGCUUUCUGGAAAAUCACCAUCUCAACGCCAUCGGGUGUUCCUGUGUGGCCCAACCAACCCCGUGUCACUGUUAUAGGCGAUGCAGCGCACUCAAUGACGCCUGCAGGAGGUCUGGGAGCAAACACUGCUGUCAGAGACUCUGCUCUCCUAGGUAGACUGCUGCAGAACGGUUACUACGAAGGAGCAACAGCAGAUUACGAGAAGGAAAUGAGGGUUUACGGAAGUGAAGCUGUAGCAAAGAGCUAUGGCAUGGCUUCAAAGAUGUUCAAAAUCCACAUUGAUGAAGAAACCUCUACGACGAUGGAGNGGGAAGUCAGGGAUAAUAGAAGCUCAGCAUAA